ACAUGAGCACGCUUCUCUCACUGUCGAGCACGAGCGCGUCCGCGUACAUCCCUCUCUCCUCACUCGGCCGGAAAUCGGUCCAUUUUUUCUCAGUUGUAUAAGAGGAGGCUUGAGGAGCGGCAGCCCGUGUAACGUGCGUCUGUGAGAGCGAUCAACUAAUGUCAGAGAGUAGACAACGACAACAGCUGCCAAGCAAAGGAUGUAAUCAGGGCCCAUACGGUUGGUCGACCGACUUUUGUUGUCAGGGAGCGUUUUUCCACGCUGCCGGAGGGACAUCCCUGCGCGUUUCUCCAUGCAGAGAGCCAGACAGGGAGACGGUACAGACUGAACGGGAAGGCAGAGCUGGAAGCGCCCUCUCCACAAGGUGGACCAGCGAUUUCACCUCCAGAGGCUGGUCUUAGACGUCCUGUUUGAUGUUUUGACUUAAUAUGUGCUUGUUUGUGUUCAUGUUUGAUGCCCUAACGACCCAAGGCACACUGCGAGAUCGCUGCUUUGAUGAAUAAUUUAGAGACUUUAGUUCCGAGGCUCACGCUGCGACUACCGAGCGACCUCUGGCUGCGCCUGACGCCACCUGAACGUGCUCCGAUGGUGGACCAAACAGAAAGAUAGAUAAAUAAAUAACACCACGAGGACACGGGCCACAAUUGGAGAGCAGACAAAAGGUCAAAAUUAGGGGUUCUUUAAUACUCGUCUGGGUGCCGUUUUGUGGCGUACAGCCCCGUAGUCAUGUUGCCGAGUCUGUGGGGGAGGAAAAUCGGAGCCUCCAGUUCUUCGACGCCCAUCCAUUGGCACCCCAGUGUCUGGUUUAUGUUAUGAGCCUCAACGAACGUUGUUCACAUCAUCAGCUGUCAUCUUGUUCUUAUUUGGAAAAACUAAAGAAAUAAGCGGAUGCAUCUCCUCAAAACGCCUUACACAUCUGAUUUGAUCUUAAGAGUCUAAGCUGUUUUUUUCCUUUUGGUUACCUCAAAGUUUUAAAGACCUGGUUACCUCUGUUCUGCAUCACAUCAGCGUUAAUACAGAGCAAAUCUGUAAGUCGAUGAUCACCGUUUUCACUGUUGAACUGACUUUAAAACCUCAUAAAUCUACCUCAGACCUUAUCUACAUACGACAAUAGACCGAUGUGCCCCCUAAUGAAUACCUCAGCCUGACUGCUGCGCCUGUUGCAAACUGAGCUCGUGUUUCUGUAACGCUGCAGAUGGCUUCGUUUCCAGACUCGGACCUGCAGACGUGUCCGCUUUGCAAGGAGCUGUGUGGCUCCUCUGCUCCGAUCUCCUCUAGCUCUUCUACAUCUUCAUCUUCCUCACAUACCUCAUCCUCCUCCAGCCAGACCACCAGGAGGCUCCACGUCCUGCCCUGCCUCCAUGCCUUCUGCAGGCACUGUCUUGAGGGCCAGCGCAGUCCCGGGGACCCGCUCAAGCUGCGGUGCCCCACCUGCGACCAGAAGGUGUCCAUCUCUGAAGCCGGGGUGGACUCCCUGCCUUCUUCUAACUUCCUCUUCAGCAACUUGCUGGAUGUGGUAGUGAGCUCCGAGGAGCAGAUCCAGAACAAGAAUGGCCACCACCAGCGGGGAGGCUUAGGUGGAGGCUCCUCCAGCUUCCAUCAUUCCCAGGGAGGCCUGUUACCUCCACACCACCUGGGAGAGCCUCAGUGCAGCUCAUGUGAUGAGGAGAACCCAGCUACCUCCCACUGCCUUGACUGUCAGGAGUAUCUGUGUGAUAACUGUGUGAGGGCACACCAGCGGGUGCGGCUCACCAAAGACCACUUCAUCGAGCGCCUUGGAGACAACCUCCACUUGGGCCAGGUCAACGCCAACAGCAACCCGGGCCAGCCAGGGGUGUCAGUGUGCCUCGCCCAAUCCCUGCAGAACAACUUUGCCUUGCUGUCCCUGUUCCAGGAUCGCAUGAGCUUCUGCCAGCACCAUGACAACGAGAUGUUUCUCUUCUUCUGUGAAACCUGUUCAGUGCCUAUAUGCAGGGAGUGCAGCAUGAGCCAUCAUAUGGGCCACACAUUUGUUUACCUGCAAGACGCCGUUCAGGACUGCAGAGCCAUCACCAUCCAGCUGCUGGCAGAUGCGCAGCAGGGUCGACAGGCUGUGCAGCUAAGUAUGGAGAAAGUGCAGGCCAUGGCAGAGCAGGUGGAGAUCAAAGCAAAGGUGGUACAGUCUGAAGUCAAGGCCCUUGUUCUUCGACACAAGAAAGCGUUGGAGGAGAGGGAGUGUGAACUACUGUGGAAGGUGGAGAAGAUCCGUCAGGUAAAGGCCAAGUCUCUGUACCUACAGGUGGAGAAGCUGCACCAGAGUCUGACCAAGUUGGACAGCACCAUCACUGCCGUCAGCCAGAUGUUGGAUGAGGGCCGCCACCUAGAUGUACUGCUGGCCAGGGAGCGAAUGCUCACCCAGAUACAUGAACUCAAGGCUUUGAGGGGCCUGCUGCAGCCGCAGGAGGAUGACCGUUUCAUGUUCACUCCUCCAGACCAGGCUUUGUACAUGGCCAUCCAGUCUAUGGGCCUGAUCAGCAGUGGAGCCUUUGCCCUGGUCACCAAAGCUCAUGGUGAAGGUCUGAAAAGUGCACUUCGUGGCAAGCCUGCCUCCUUUACUGUGAUUGGCUAUGACCAUGAUGGCGAGCCACGCCUUUCGGGCGGGGAUGCAGUGUCUGCAGUGGUCAUGUCCGUCACCGACGGUAACCUGUCUGCAGUGGAGGGCAGCCCCUUCAAGGUGAUGGUGAAGUCAGGCCGGAGCUACGGGUCCCUGGGCUCCCAGGUGUCAUCCUUUGGGUGCGAGGGGGAGGGAGAUGGUCAACUGUGUCGUCCCUGGGGCAUCAGCGUGGACAAGGAGGGGUAUGUGGUGGUGGCUGAUCGCAGCAACAAUCGCAUACAGAUAUUCAAGCCUUGCGGUGCCUUCCACCAUAAGUUUGGCUCUCUGGGUUCUCGGCCUGGUCAGUUUGAUCGCCCCGCUGGGGUUGCAUGUGACAGUCAGAGACGAAUCAUUGUGGCUGAUAAGGACAAUCAUCGUGUGCAGGUGUUUACUUUUGAGGGCCAGUUCCAGAUGAAGUUUGGGGAAAAGGGUACCAAGAAUGGGCAAUUCAACUAUCCUUGGGAUGUGGCCGUCAACUCUGAGGGGAAGAUCCUGGUCUCCGACACCAGGAACCACCGUGUGCAGCUCUUCACCCCUGACGGCUCUUUCCUCAACAAGUAUGGAUUUGAAGGGGCCCUGUGGAAACACUUUGACUCUCCCAGAGGAGUAGCCUUUAACCACGAAGACCACCUGGUGGUGACCGACUUCAACAACCACCGGCUCCUGGUCAUCCGGCCAGACUGCCAGUCAGCUCGUUUCCUGGGUUCAGAGGGCACUGGGAAUGGGCAGUUUCUGCGGCCCCAGGGUGUCGCUGUUGACCAGGAGAACCGCAUCAUCGUGGCUGACUCCCGCAACCACAGAAUCCAAGUGUUUGAGCCCAAUGGGAACUUCUUAUGCAAAUUUGGCACACAGGGGAGUGGUGUUGGACAGAUGGAUCGACCCUCUGGUGUGGCUGUGAUGCCCGAUGGAGUCAUUGUGGUCGUUGACUUUGGUAAUAAUCGUAUCCUCAAGUUCUAAAAAGAAAAGCAUAUUUUUGCGUUCUCUUUCUCCAUUUGUCCUUUUGCAGUGUUUUAGAUGGAGCAAAUGGAGGAGAGACAACGAAUCCACAGACACAGCAGUAGGAGAGCUCAGAGAGAAUUGAGAGCAUGUUGAAAUUAAGGGAAGUUAAAGCCUAUAGAUUUUUGUCAUUUUCAUUGAAAGUUAAGAUAUUCAGAUCAGAUAUCCAAGGUGUGUAUGACAAAGAGGGCCUCUACAAAUAGAUCAUCAGUACUAAAUGAGCCAUAUUUCCCUCUUUCUGUCUCAGCUGCUCUGAAUUCUCUCUACGCUCUUCUUAAGUUUCCAUCUCAGGGAAUUUCACAUUUUUCUUGAAAUCUUGUACCCUCUGCUCAAUACCUACCUCAUUUAGCUCUUUAUGAAUGUACUCAUAGUCACUGAGCAGAGGUUUUAGUCUGAGAAGUUUUACAAAGAAGAAAAGUCUACCUCUAUACUUUGUUAUUUAAGACAGACAAAAAAGGAACAGACUCCUCAUGUGGUAUUUGCACAGGAUUAAUGGAGUUCUUGCUGUGCAUUAAAAGUGAACCUCCUGAAUGUUGAGCUGAGACAUGCUGAGUCAGUACUCUCUGUAGAGGGUGCAAGAUCUAUUGUCAUUACUGUGCUCAGACAGGAGACUAGGGUACAGUAAUGUCCUUUCAUGUUUUACGAUUUUUUUUUUUUAUUAUUUGCGCAUCGACCCUAGUCUCUUUUGUGGCUGUGUGGAGUUUGUAGUGUUAUGAUAGCCUAAGAAGAGCACGUGAAGUGAUGCCAAACUUGAUAGUUUCAAAAUUAGCUCAGGUCAGGGUAGGACUGAUUAAAAUGAUCAGUACUUUUCAGGCUUUCCCUCUAGCUUUACUGGCAAAUUUGAUUAAUUUAUUAAUGAGAAAAAAUAGUUAUGAAAUCAUCUCCAAAAUAAUCAUUCAAAUGACCUCCCAAAUAAACCCCAUAAUAAAAUUAUCUAAAUAUUUAGCACGCGCUAAUUGUGUCUCAUAAGACUAAUUUUUUUUUUUUUCUUGGUAGAAUAAAACAGCUUGUGUUGCUACUAUCCAGUCAUUUGUAUGAAUUACUAAGAUAAAGAGAAAUGUCUCCUCCAAAAGUCAGGAUGCACAAAAGGAUUUUGAAUAUUAAUCUAUGGGGAUCUGGAGAUCUAUCAGCAAUCUUUAUAUAGAGAUUUUAUCAUAAUAUUGAAUGACAGCUUUUUGAUGAGGCAUGCUGUGUGACAAAAGCCUCAGAUAUAGACACCUAAUUUGGCCAUUCAGAGGAUGUUAAUGACAUAAAAUUUAAGGCCUAAUAUUACAAUCCUUCGGAUUUAGAUUGUGGUUGAAAGCCACUCCCUUCGGGGCCUGGGGUUUAGUCCGUUUCAGUGAGUGGACGUCAUCACAAAGCCCUGUCCUGUUUAUUGAUACUUGGAGUUGAGGAGAUAUAUUCAGAUUGAGCGCUUGUAGACCACUCCUCUAAGGACGGCAGUCUACAGACGAUCUACUGGACUCAACCAAAGUUAGAAUUUCUGCACAGUGGCCAGCUGUAGCUUUGGCAAUUAAGGAAACUAAAAAUCCCCUUUUAAACCAUUGUUGCUGGGAAGUGUAAAGUUCACAGAACUCUGAGUUGAGUUCAUAGCACUGUUUGUGUUGAGCUUAGAAAAAUAAAAGGGUGAUUUGGUCACAGUUUAAAUACUUUCAGAUCCCCCUAAGAUCAAGCAGGUCUGAAAGGAUUUGAGACGACAUCCUCUCAAUCUGUCUGCAGAGAUAUACCUGCACCAAAGAGAACCCCUUGCUCCCCUUCACAUUUAUCACUUCAGCUCACCAAACAGUGCCCCAGUAUUAUCGGCAUUAGAUGGCCCAAAGGCUCAAAUUGGCAUCUCAGAUUAGUGUUUGAAUUCAAAACGAAUUUCCUUAGAGACUAAGAGAUAUGAACUCCUUGUGGUGAAAUCAGCAUGGGGUUUUGAAUUCCCUUUCUUUUGUUCAGUCUGUGUCCCAAUGGAAGCACAAAGACAAUUACAGUUCUGUUGGCCGCUUCCUCAGCCUAGCAAACACCUGUGAAAAGAUUUACCGACUGGCUCUCACCUCUGAGGAGAGGGCCUGUCUGCACAUAACCUGGAUUUACAUCCUCACAUCUCAAAUAUCCUGUACCUCGCCGGUUGUUGUACCCACUUUCUUGAAUUUCCAUUUUUCUACUCCAAAAUACCUCAAGUAUGUCUCUGAUAGCUACUGUACAUUUAAAUACCUCAACUUGUUUCUCUUUCUAAAUACCUUGGUUUUACUCUUUUAUGUAAGCAUACCUCAUCAGAUAUGUAUGUAUGUAUUACAGAUGUACCUCGUUCUUUCUUCUUGUGUUACAGUGCAGUACAUGUCCCAUAGCUCUAGGACCAAAGAUCAUGGUACUGUUUCAGGUUGGUGGUCACUUGAUCUUGCAGCCCUGACCAAAUUUUUGUUUGUUGAAUCUACUGUCAUUUGCCCGGUAAACUAUGCCUUGUAUCACCAGGAAACCAAAUAUUUCAUUUGAAAGCAUUGUGCCAAAAUGAUCUGUAAGAGUUUUAUGCCAAACAGGGUUGGUGUUUGGACCACGCUAUUGUAGACAACAAAUGUCACUGGACCAUUAUAUCAUAGAUGCAAAUGUUAAAUCGGAGAACCCGAGGAUAAAUCCUCGCUCUCUGAUUGGAUGCACUUAAUAGGGCUGGGCCCCAUUUAUAUUUACCUCAUGAUGAUUCUGAACAUGCAGAGUCCACUUGUAAGUGCAUGUUGAUGGUGAGCCAGUUUGAGUCCACAUACCCUGCUGCUUUGAACCCAACACCUUGUUUCACCAAUGGAUUUAUUUUUUUUUUUGCUUUUCAGUAUUACUCUGUUUUGUUUUAAUUAAGAUUGCAGAAUUCUGUCUUUAAGAUCCUUAGGUCUUCACUCUUAAAGAGGAAAAAUGUAUUUUAAGCCUUUGUCUUUCAUUUUGUUGCAUGCUUUAAAAAGUCCUUGUAUUAUAAUGACGUCUCUCAGAUGGGUGUUGGAAAACUCAGAUGGGAUGGGUAACUGACUAUUGGGAUGGUUUUACCAAAAUAUAUACCCAAAGAUUUGUAUGUGUGUUAGGAUUACAUUGGAUGGAAUUAACCUUUUGACCUUUGCGAUUGUAUUUCCUGUUCUCUAGAGGCCCUGCAGAGCACAACCUGUUCAGCCAGCCAUGCCUCGAUGCCGAAGGCUGGUGUGCCCCCCUGACCAUUAGUGCUGAAUUUUCUUUAACCGCAUAAUAUGGGUAGACAUAAUAACAGAUCUCAACAAGCCCUGUAGCUUUAGAAGACUGAAAAAAAUAAUCGAAUAAUGAUUGCUUCAUAAGGUGGCCAUUUUGUGUUUGACUAGUAAUUGGAGUGCUCUGGUUGUCAUGUGAGAAGCAGCAGGUUUCUCUAGCACAAAUUAGCAAUCACUUCCCCUCCUCUUCUCUUUAAGAAUCCAGGAAGUGCGCUGAUGGCUGCCGAGCAUGUGCUCAGUUGAUUGUACUUCUACUUUUGGGGGGAGAGGGGGGUGUCCACCAUUUAUUUGUAACCCCUCACAAUUUUCAGAGGGGGAAAAAGCAAAGCUGCGCCAGGUGAUGUGUGCAAGGUUGUAGACCUCCUUUUAAGUGAUUGUAUCCUUGAAAGAAAGAAAAGGGUUUGAAAGUUUAGAAAGGAAAACAUUUUUAACUCAGGUAGUUCUCAGCAGCCCUGCCCUGCAGGUGUCUUAUUGAAACCUUUCCUGUAGCAAUGUAGUGACUUAUUUUCCUUGUUAUGACCUUUCAGUACUAGUCUGACUCUAGUGUGUGUCCCCACUGACAUUUUAUGAAAACAAAUUAUUUCUCAAUCUGAAAAGUGUUGCCUUUGAUUAUUUUCCACUGAUUAUUCUUUUUGUAUUUUGUUUUUGCCGUUUUUGUUUUUCUUUUACAAAUAAGUACAAAUACUUCACACCACUUGAUGCUCAUUGACCCUUUUAGAAUGUAUGUUGUGAAGAAAAGGGUUAAAUGGAAUCUUGUUGAUGCCCACUUGCUACAACCAGCCACUGGUAGAAUUACAAGACACAACAGAGCCCACAGAAGACAGGUAGUUUUUCUCUAACAAUUGGUGCUAAAUGUUGCACACCAACAAUGCCUGUAGUAUGUGGCUUAAUGGAACAUGCAGCGCAGUAUUCAUUUAUAUACAAGCUUUAACAUCAGCCAAGAUGGGAGGUGUUCGGCCUGAUGAGAUAACAGCUCACUGUGUCUACACGCUCGUUUCUGUGGUGUCACAUUUUCCUCAUCAGUGUCUGUGUGUGGAGUGGGCAUUGUGUUUGUGUUCUUGUCUGAGCAGAAAUCCACUGAAUGUAUCCUCCUCACAGUCCAAGAUACAGGGCGAGCGAGCAUGGCCAGCUGAGUUUAGAUGGGUGCUGCUGGCGCUUCCUCAUCCAGGCCGCCAUGUGCGAGUGUGUUUAUCACUCAAACCUCGUGUAUACAUUUGCCGACACACCUUCCCUCCUUCUCAACACACUCGCACAUCGGGCUGAGUGGAAAUGCAAAUGUUGGGUCUUCAGUCUAAAUAAGGCAGAGGAGACUAUAAUAUAUUGGCCACUUUCUGCUCUCUCUGUACUCUGUGGACUUUAAACAUUUCCUAUGCAGUUUUUUGUUUGCUUUUUGUUUACACUUAAAUAAAGUUGUUUCUUUCACUUCAAA